AUGUCCCUCAUGUUUGUGUUAUUAUUUUUAUGUUUUAAAAUUGUACAAGCGGAUUUGGGUAUGUUAAAAUCAAAAAAUAUUUUACAUAUUCGAAUUCAAGUACUUAAGGCGUGUUGUGGAGUUGAAAAUAAGUGUCAGGAAUAUCAAAGGCCCGAGGAAAUGUUCGGGGUCUCCUGUUGUGGCCAAGACCCCAUUAAUCAAUUCACUGACAUUUGUUGUGAAAAUGUAACUCGCCAUCGUCAGCAAGGAGGCGGGUUUGUCGACAAAUGUUGUGGAAAUCAAACGUUGAACUUUGACCAGACAUGUUGUCGAGGAAUCGUAUGUCGUACCGCUUAUUAUUAUUUAUUUUAGGUUCACAAUGUACCAAAUGGAGAAUGUUGUGGAUCCCAAGCUUAUCCAAGGAACAGCGUCAAUGUCCUUUGUUGUAAUGGUACCCUUAAUACAAAUGCUGAUCCCGGCUCCAGUUGUUGUGGAAAUACUCCCUAUGAUGGUGGCUACCGUGAAACUUGUUGUGGAGGACAAGUCUUUCAGAAGGAAUUGUUUGAUGGAUGUUGUCGGAUUCAGAACUCGGAUCCCGUAGAAUACCGGCAAUUUAAUUCGCGAACACAUCUCUGCUGUGAUCACCCAAUUGAAAGAAAUUCCAAUAUGAAAUGUUGUUACUUGAAUAUGGGGAACGGGACGUUUAUCCCCAAAAGUUACGACUUUUCAACCAACUGCUGUGCUUAUCCGUACAAGCAGAUCACCCCAAAAAUGGGGGAAAAAUGUGUCCCCGACCGCAUUCAGCCCACUAGAAGGCCCGAUCCCGAAGUGUAA